CCAUUGAACGCAGCUGUGUUUCCUCUCGGAGUGUAAUACGUGAUGGUUAAAUCCGCGAAGUAAAAACAACUUGUGAUUCUUUUCGUGGAUCUCUUGUGGAAUCGGAUAUUUGUUACUUAAAGCACAGCUUGUUAGCGCCAUUUCUAUUUUUGAUGUAGCGUAUGCUUACCGAAUCUGGUAAAGACUGAGACCUCUGUCAUUCAACUUUCUCCGGAGUGAAAUCAAAGAUUAUGAGUAGGGAGUCCAGAAUGAGAGCAACAAUAAACCAAAAGUUGACCGAGAUGGGAGAAAGAGAGAGAUUGAAAGAGAUACUGAGGGCUAGGCUCACUGAGUGCGGAUGGAAGGACCAGAUGAAGGCUCACUGCAAAGAAGUCAUCAAAGAAAAGGGCUUGGAGCACGUGACUGUGGACGACCUGGUUGUAGAAAUCACUCCCAAAGGCAGAGCCUUGGUGCCAGACAGCGUGAAGAAAGACCUUCUACACAGAAUAAGAGGCUUCUUGGCUCAGCAUGCCACAUAAUUUGGAUUAAUGUUUCAUUACACCACUUGUCUAUACUACCCUAAUACAGAUUUAUAUUUCUCAUGAGUUUAAUGCAUUUCAGAGACAAAUACCAGUCAGCCACAACAUUAAAGCUACCUCCUUAAUAUUCUGCUUUGACAGCAGCCCACAGACACAGAACCUGCCUGUCUUGUCUGGCCCCAGGAUGUUGGCAGUGCAUACUUUUAAAUCCUGUGCGUUGCGGGAUUUGGCCUCGGGAUUGUCCCAGCUCAUUCCGAGGAUGCUCUGUCAGAUUGGCCGUUCUGUGCCUUGGUCAAUGCCGUGGGCUUUCUGUCAUUUUGUCAAUCAGUGUUUGCAGUGUGGCAGAGUGGGGAGUAAUGCUUGGUUUUCCACAAUGUUUGGAUGGCAACAAAUGCAUGCUGGGAUUAAAGGGUUCCCAUUAGAACAUGGUAAUGUCAUGUAAUGAAGUAAUCAAUGUUAUAUACGUCUCCUGUGAGUGGUUCUAAUGUUGUGGCUGAUCACACAAAGUACUGACAGAUCUAGUUGUUUCUACCAAUCCUAUGCCUCCCGCUAUUACAGUUAUGUAAAUACACCUACCUUGCUUAUGUAGUCAUCCUUUGUACAUGAGAUGUGCUGUUUAAAUAAAGGUUUUUCUUCUUUGAA